GUUGUCUACCGGCGGCAGUCGAUCUUUAGCGUUCGUCGCGCCCCGUCGUAGAGGUCGUCGCUGGUCGUUCAUCGUGUCGCGUUCAUAUCGUUGUGUGCAAAAAUAAUUUAAUAAAAAUUAAACAAACAUUUGUGUUUCACUCGAUUUAUCCAUUGACAAUAAAUUGGUUGGUUUCAUUACAUUCGGUGAGUGUUGUGUCGACUGUUUUCACGUGUUAAAUAAACGCGAAUAAAUCGCAAAACAUUAAAAUUCAGAUAAAGUUUUAAUGAUGAAAAUUGAUUACAAGAAAUUUAAACAGGUAUGCGUCGGAAAUCCAUAGAGGUACUGAAACUAGGCGGUAUAAAAAACAUCGGUUCCAUUGGAAGAAAAGUGAAAUGGUACUAAGGUGAUACUGUUGGUCCGCCAUGAUCAGACUGAUGCUUUUCAAAAAAACCGCCUUCUAUUGGCUGUGCUUUCUACUUACGUUGUUUUACACGCAUCCUACUAAUGCCAGAGAAUGUCGUUCGGCACUGGGUAUGGAAGGCAGCAAAAUCCCAGAUCACAAGAUAACUGCCAGUUCUUCCUACGAAGUGAAGUCGGUGGGACCGCAAAACGCGAGAAUUCGCCAAGAAAAAAACGGUGGUGCGUGGUGUCCCAAAGCACAAAUUAGUAGUGAAGUAAGAGAAUAUUUAGAGAUUGAUUUGGAUAGCGAUCAUCUCAUUACAUGGACUGAGACCCAAGGUAGGUGGGGUAACGGCCAAGGUCAAGAAUUUACAGAAGCAUUUACCGUAGAGUAUUGGAGGAAGUCCAUUGGACGAUGGGUGGAGUAUAAAGAUUCUAGAGACAACAAGGUAUUACCCGGCAAUGUGAAUACAUAUUUGCCGGUCAAUCAAGAAUUGGAGCUUCCAUUUGUAGCGAGCCGAGUCCGUUUUGUACCAUUUAGUCAACAUCCAAGAACUGUAUGUAUGAGAGUGGAAAUCUACGGUUGUCCAUGGGAGCAGAGUAUAAUCAAUUACAUGGCUCCAAGAGCUGAUACCGAAUUUGAAGAUGUAAGUUAUGACGGAGAUCUUGGAAGAAAUUAUAUGACUGGUGGAUUAGGAAUGUUAACAGACGGCUUGUAUGGAGCUGAUGACUUUUUACAAUCCGAUUUGCAACUCCAUAAGUCACUAAGUAAAAGAUGGGUCGGAUGGUCAAACGAUUCAACGGGUAAUAGACUUGAAUUGGUGUUUGAAUGUAAUGGAUUCCGAAUGUUCAAAGAAGUCAAAAUACAUACCAGUCAUAUACCUACCAGAGACGUAAAGGUGUUUAGUACGGCGUUGAUUUACGUCAGCUUAGACGGCGACAAAUGGCAAGAGUGGCCGAUAAAGCUGAGCACUAAGACUGAAGCUAUUAAGGACACCGCUGUGAACAUAACCAUCAAUCUGAAGAAUAGAGUAGGAAGGUAUAUCAAGAUAUGUCUUUAUUUCUCUGCACGAUGGAUACUCAUCAGCGAAGUUUCGUUCGAGUCCGAGUUGGUAGCGGCCAACAUCACCGAGCAGCUGUUGUCGCAGUACUACAUGCAAAAGGAAACCGGGUACGAGCUCCGGCAGAGCGGUGAAUCCACACAGACCAGAAAAGAAGUUACCACUGGUCCUAGCCCGGGCAACAGCACCCAGACGUAUGUAGGUCUAAUAACUGGUGCACUCGCCAUGACUGUACUCCUAGUCGCUUGCGUGGCUGUAGUACUGGCGCUAAAACGAGGCCGGCAAAAGGUAGCUCUACUCCAGUUCAAGCAAGCCACUCUGGGUGCGCCCAAACAACAGUCGAUUAACAUGAAACACCUGAACAUAUCGAAAACAAUGGGGUCGUCGUCACUGUACGGGCGCAACACAAUAGUAGGCGGCAAUCAAGUGAGCCACGAGUCCGAGGACAGUGACAACUCCUCUGUUUACCACGAACCCUACAAGCGGCUACCGUCCAAAAACUACGAUUAUGCUCCAACCACGUUUUUGUUUAAAAAAGAAAUGGCCGCGAUGACCACGAGCAAGAGUAGCGAUUACACGGGUCAGUACAACUUCACGAGUGUUGGUAGUUUCGGUCAGGACGAAGUCAAAUACUCGUCUCCGUCCAUGUACACCCUCAACCAACCGCCUCCGCCUCCGAACUCGAAGCCUCCGCCGCUACUGCAGUCCGAGCAGCUCAACAAAUCGCUUCCGGCCAAUCUGCAUAACUACUACGCCGCCAUCGAUAUAAUCAAAACCGAACGAAAAGAGCAGCAUUUUACUCCUGGCAAAUUCACCAGCAUGAAAUUGCCCGAAGACAAACAGGACGAGUGCAGCCAAACGUCGUUGUACGAGGUGUCUAGGAGCAGGCUGCGAGUGAUCGAAAAACUGGGCGAGGGCGUUUUCGGAAUGAUCCACUUAUGCGAAACGGACGGAAUCCCUGAAUACAAUGCUACGUCGACAUUCCAUAAGAAACGAGUGAUCGUCAAAUCACUGCGGCGAGGUUGCGGGGAACAAAACAAACAAGAGGUGAUGAGAGAAACGAAAUGCUUGUACACCGUUCGGGAUCCCAACGUCGCUCGAAUCGUGGGCGUGUGCGGUCCCGACGAGCCAUUGUGUAUCAUCCAAGAAUACUGCGAAUAUGGAGAUUUGCCGACUUUCCUAAAACUCCAAACCACCGAAUCCACCGAAAGUCUUCCCACGAUCAACUAUGGCUGUUUGCUGUACUUUGCCACCCAAAUCGCCUCGGGUAUGAAGCACUUGGAAGGCAAAGGAAUCGUUCAUAGAGACUUGGCGGCAAGAAACUGUAUGGUCGGCAAGAAUUAUUCAUUAAAAAUAUCCGAUCACGCUAUUUACUGCAGUCAAUUCGAUGCCGAUUACUAUGUUAGUGACACUAAAUCAAGAUUACCAAUUAGAUGGAUGUCCUGGGAAAGUUUACUAUUGGGUAAAUAUACGUCGAAAAGUGACGUUUGGUCGUUUGCUGUCACGUUAUGGGAGAUAUUGAUGUUCUGCAGUGAUCAGCCGUUAGCAGAGUUGACCAACGAACAAGUGGUAGAAAACACUAACCACAUGUACUUGGCUAACGGCAAAUAUCGAUACGCAGAACCACCUCCGAGCUGCCCGCGGGAGAUGUACGAGCUAAUGGCUGAGUGUUGGAAGCGAAACGAUGCGGACCGACCGACGUUUUCCGAAAUUCAUUUGUUUCUGCAGCGUAAAAACCUGGGCUACGUCCCGGUGAUAUAGGACGGUAUGUGAACGCGGAUAAAAAAAGGUAAUACACUUUACUCGGAGUACUAUUGUUUCGCCUCUUCCGGACAAACGCCGUAACAAGAAAUAAUUGAUGAGACGUCAAGACGCGCCCGGACACUGUCAGUGUAUGGAACGCUUCUGAUGAACAUUAAAAUUUCACGUUUGUAUACCGUAGGGAAAGCUGUUUAAAAAUUAAACGCUUGCUCCGUGUCAAAUUGUACUUUCGAAAAAUAUUUUUUUACACCUAUCUCCUAUGAUAUUUAAUAUUGUUAUAUCGCCAUACGAAUCGCGACUUAACAUUGUAAGGUAUCCGUUUCUGUGCGAUGUUCGUCUCUUUUUUUCUCUCUCUCUCUCUCUGACUUUACGUUUCUCGAAUUUUGUUUCAUUUCUCAGUAAUAUAUUAUACUUAGUCAUAAC